AUGCCCCGGAGUCCCACGUCCAGUGAGGAUGAGAUGGCCCAGAGCUGUUCUGACUACUCCGAGGACUCCGCCUCUGACAGCUCCCGUGAGGAGACCAUCUACGAGACCAUAAGAGCCACCGCUGAGCCGACCCCCAGACGCAUGGACGACAUACACACUCACUCCCUGGUUGUCCGCAUCCUCAUCCCCGACCUGCAGCAGACAAAAUGUAUGCGGUUCAACCCCAACGCGACUGUGUGGGUCGCCAAGCAGAGGAUCCUGUGCACGUUGAGCCAGAGUCUGAAGGAUGUGCUGAACUACGGACUCUUCCAGCCCGCCAUGAACGGACGUGAUGGGAAGUUCCUGGAUGAGGAACGCCUCCUCCUGGAAUACCCACAGCCAAUCAGCAAAGGAGUUCCAGCUCUGGAGUUCCGCUACAAGAGCCGGGUCUACAGGCAGACCCAUGUGGAAGAGAAGCAGAUUGCCAAACUUCACACCAAGGCCAACUUGAGAAAGUUUAUGGACCUCAUCCAGCACCAUCAGGUGGAGAAAGUAUCUAGGCUGCUGGAGAGAGGGCUGGACCCCAACUACCAGGAUACAGAGACCGGUGAGACCCCCCUGACAUUUGCGGCCCACCUGGAUAACGUGGUGGAGAUUAUAAAGGUUCUGAAGAAUGGAGGGGCUCACCUGGACUUCAGGGCCAAAGAUGGCAUGACGGCGCUACACAAAGCUGCUAGGUCCAAGAACCAGGUUACUCUGACGACCCUGUUGGAGCUUGGUUUGUCUCCAGACUAUAAGGACAGUCGGGGUCUGACGGCACUCUAUCACACAGCCAUGGUGGGAGGAGACCCGUUGUGCUGCGAGUUGCUGCUACAUGAACACGCCACCGUCUGCUGCCAGGACGAAAACGGCUGGCACGAAGUCCACCAGGCUUGUCGGAAUGGCUAUGUCCAGCACCUGGAGCAUCUGCUGUUCUACGGGGCGGACACGAGCGCACAGAACGCCUCAGGGAACACGGCGCUGCACAUUUGUGCUCUCUACAACCAGGAUAACUGUGCCAGGGUGCUGCUGGUCCGUGGAGCCAACAAAGAGGUGAAGAAUUACAACAGCCAGACUCCCUUUCAGGUGGCCAUCAUUGCGGGGAACUUUGAACUGGCCGAACUGGUCAAGAACCACAAAGAGACAGAUAUAGUGCCUUUCCACGAGGCCCCGGAAUACUCCAAGCGGCGUCGGGUCCCUCCCUCUACCAGCAGCAGCGGUAGCUGCCUGGUGGCCCCCCGGGUCCUGCUGCGCUCCAACAGUGACAACAACCUCACAGUGAGCCAGGGGCCUCCCCAGGACUGGUCCCAGCCCCAGGGACCCCCCCAGCACCACGGAUCCCAACACGGAGGGGUCGGACCCCACACCUCCACCUCUCACCGUAGCCUCUCUCCACAGCUGCUCCAGCAGAUGCAGGGGAACCCAAAUGGCACUGUGAGGACCAUGGGCCAGAGGUCCCGCAGUACCAGCGUGGGGGUGGUCCCGCGGAGUCGGUCCCCGUCCCUCAACCAGCUGGGAGAGGAGGCCUGCAGGCCACACCCGCAGACACAUGUACAGACGCAGCAGACUCAGCACAGACAGCCCAGCCCCAGUGGUAAUGUGGAGGUGGUGGUGCAGCGGAGGAAGCUGUACAGUGCCGUGCCAGGUAGGCACUUUGUGGUGGUCCAUUCCUACCAUCCACAGGCCGAGGGAGAGAUCACCCUCUACAAGAACGACAGGGUUAAAGGUGAGACCCCCAGUGGUAAUAUGGAGGUGGUGGUCCAGCGGAGGAAGCUGUACAGUGCUGUGCCAGGGAGGCACUUUGUGGUGGUCCACGCCUACCACCCACAGGCCGAGGGAGAGAUCACCCUCUACAAGAACGACAGGGUUAAAGUUCUGAGCAUCGGAGAGGGGGGGUUCUGGGAAGGCAGUGCACGUGGCCAGGUGGGCUGGUUUCCUGCGGAGUGCGUGGAGGAGAUUCCUGCCAAGCCCAGCGAGGAGAACACAAGAGCUGACCGCUCGGACAGGAGGAAACUCUUCCGACACUACACUGUGGGGUCCUACGAUAGCUUUGAUGCCUCCAGCGACUGCGUGGUCGACGAGAAGACGGUGGUCUUGACCAAGAAGGAGAAUGAAGGCUUCGGCUUCGUCCUGCGAGGGGCCAAAGCGGACACGCCCAUCGAGGAGUUUACUCCCACCCCUGCCUUCCCAGCUCUCCAAUACCUGGAGUCGGUGGACGAGGGAGGAGUGGCCUGGCAGGCGGGGCUUAGGACCGGGGACUUCCUCAUCGAGGUGAACCAAGAGAAUGUGGUGAAGGUGGGCCACAGGCAGGUGGUCAACAUGAUCCGUCAUGCAGGGAACAGCCUCAUCAUCAAAGUGGUAACGGUCAGCAGGAAUAUGGACCCUGAGGAUACCGCACGUAAAAAAGCCCCCCCACCGCCAAAGAGAGCCCCCACCACCGCCCUGUCUAUGCGCUCCAAGUCUAUGACCUCUGAACUGGAAGAACUAGAUAAAGUGGACGAGGUGUCACCUUCCCAGAAUGCCGUGGACAUGAAGGUGGCCACCAUUAAGCCACGCCCCUCCAGCCGCUGUUUGGUCACGCCUACUGACAUGAAUUCCAUGUACGACCGCCAGGGUGGAGUGGCAGUGUUACCACCCACUGUGCCAGGCAGUCCUAGAGGGGGGGCAUUCCUGGGCAUACUUGCCAAGGGUGGCACCAUGAGGAGACAGAAGUCCAUAGGUUCGGACGUGUAUUUGUCGUGUAUAACAGAAGAGAAGACGCUCCUCACCCCUCCCCCACUCAAGUUCACCCGCAGCCUCUCCAUGCCCGACACGUCCGAAGACAUCCCCCCUCCCCCGGUCAUCUCCCCCCCAUCUCCCCCCUCCUCCUACAACUCUCCCUCUGUCUCCCCCAUGCAACGGGGCUACGGCACCACCCGACCGGGCCUCACCCUCAACUCCGCUGGAAAAUGUUCCAACYCCACUARCCUUGGCAACCGCACGGUAGARGUAGGGACGCUAAGGCGAGGUUAUCACCGCCAGAGCUCAGWACAGUACGAUAGUAGAAGCCGAGGACGGGCYCCSGUGCCCGAGAACCCGUACUCGGAGGUGGGCAACAAGGCGCUGUACYUGCCRGCCAAGCCGGCGAGGAGGAAGGGCAUGCUGGUCAAGCAGCCCAAUGUGGAGGACAGCCCAGAGAAGACCUGCUGCACCCCGCCCUCAGGCGCCGUUUCCAUGCCGACCACACCCACUGAGAGGACCUUCUCGUCCAUUCCCAUCCCCACCAUCAUCGUCAAGGAGCCAUCCACCAGUAGCAGUGGGAAGAGCAGCCAGGGCAGCAGUAUGGAGAUCGAGCCAACCACGCCCGAACACCCACCCUUAACGCCCAGGGCAGGGGGCAGGGGGCUAAGGUCUGAAGACCCCAUUGUCAACAACCCCUUUGCUGCUGCCAUCGCAGGGGCAGUGAGGGACCGGGAGAAGAGGCUGGAGGCGCGGAGGAACUCGCCUGGCUUCCUCUCCACCGAUAUGGGAGAUGAGGACUUGGGAGACCCCACCCCGGCCCCGCGGCUACGCCAGUCCAAGUCCAUCGACGAGGGGAUGUUCAGCAACGACGAGCACCUGCGGAGGAUAAUGGCACCCCCGCCGGCCACCACCCUGCUGCGGUCCCAAGAAGGGGGUGACCAUGGCGGUAACGUGACGGACUUCAACACCCCUGAGCCCACCCAGGUGGUGAGGGAGCCUCUGACCGCACGUACCGGUCAGUACCCCAACCUGGACAGCCCCGUCAGUCUCCCGGCCACUCCGCCCAAGACCUACAGCUCCAACGGAGGAAGGGACUACCUGCACCCUGUCACAGGUAAGGCCCUGGACCCUAACUCGCCCCUCGCCCUGGCGCUGGCGGCCCGGGACAGAGCCAUGAAYGAGCAGACACAAACGACCAUGGCAAUGCAAGCCCCACCCCCUUCUCAACCUCAACCGCUCCCCAAGAGCGAUGGCCCCCAGUCCCUCCCUCCCAACUCCCACAAACCUGGCCUCAAUCAGCCCCUCUUCAUCGAUACCAAGCUCCGCUCCAACACCGAGGCAAGCUUCGCUACCUCCACGACAACCCUGGGGCGAGGCAGAGUGGUAGGCCUGAAGAGGCAGAUGACGGAGCAGAAYUACGAGUCMGARYMAGCYAGGGAGGAGAGGCAGCAGGCGGKGSAGGAUGGGAAGAGCAUACAGAUCGACGUUGUGGACACGUCACAAKCGCAGAAAGRMGCCGGMCUGCUGAUGGUGCACWCCAAAAACAGCCCAGAGGYGGAAGACAGGGGGCAGGAGAACACACCAGCCCAGGACAACAGCAUCCCCAGRGAACUGAGAGACCCCAACCAGCCAAACCCCCCCACCAACAGRCACAGUWCCAWGCCCCUGCCCCCRGUGCCGCYGGGGAAGASCAUCACGGCUGGGGGMUCGGUGGACGAGCCAGUCAAGCUGCCCUUCCGCAUGCCCCCUCCCCCYCUGGCCUCGGUGGACAURGAGGAGGUGGAYGAGUUUGUCUUCUCCGAGCCCRUGCCYCCGCCGCUGGAGUUCGCCAACAGCAUCGARAUCCCUGAGGACCAGGCAACGYKCAUCGCUGAGUUGCUCAAGCAACGGGACCAAGAGAGACGCAACGGGAUGAGAACCAGGCGGCCACAUCCACCCCCCUACUACACUCACGCCCCGACCCCUGUCGGCCAGUUCAGACGAGGGAGCGGGAUGUCCAAUUGCAUGCCCCCACCCUUCUAUCCCCCUCCGCCCCCUGACGGUGGCUUUGAGCAAGGUGUCACUGACUCAYGCAUCGAGGAGGUAGACAGUCGCAGCAGUGGAGACCCCCAUAUGGAGACUACCAGCACAAUUUCCACAGUUUCCAGCAUCUCUAUACUGUCGUCGGAGGGCGGGUACAACAGCGCCCUAGAGAACACUUCUAUGGUCUAUACUGACGGCCAGACUUACCUCGACGACCGACCCCCCGUUCCCCCCAAGCCCAAAAACAAGCCCGUCAUCAACAAGAACACUGCACUUUACCACGACGUCCUCAUAGAGGAAUCCCUGGACUCCUUCGGGGCGCCCCCUCCUGUCCCCCCUCCUCCACCCGGGUCCAUGUCCCCCCCGGACCUCCCCAGGACCCCUACCUAUCGGUCGUCCAAGCUGUGGGGCGAGCCCCCGGAGCUAAGGAGCCCACCCACGUCCGACCCCAAGGCCACGGUUAUCAACGAGCUGAGCUCCAUCUUAUCACAGAUGCACCGGCCCAAACCGGGGGACUCCCUGGACUCACCCACCACAGGGGCCAGGGGCGGCUUAGGAACCAGCUCUCCAGCCUCAGGAAGCCAACGGAACUCCAGCGUGUCCUUCAGCCUGCCCCCCUCCUCCUGCACCCCUCCUUCCAGCCUGCCCCCUCACCUCUGCAGCCCACCAGACACCUCGUCCCUCUCCUCGCCCCCCUGCCCCUCCUCUUUAACCCACUCUUCCUCACCCAGCCUUAGCGACCUUUUCGGCCUGCCCACCCUGCCCAUGGAGAGGUCCUCGUGCGGUGACUCGCGCUCCCCCUCGCCGCUCACCCUAAUGCAGGCCAUAGCCACCUCGGGCAAGUCCUUUGCCUCCAAGCCUGUGGAGCUGUGGAGCAAGCUGGACGUGGCCGACUGGCUGGACAGCCUGAAUCUGUCGGAGCAUAAAGACGCCUUCCUGGACAACGAGAUCGAGGGCGCCCACCUGCCUUCGCUGCAGAAAGAAGAUCUGAUUGACCUGGGGGUGACGCGGGUGGGCCACCGCAUGAACAUCGAGAGGGCCCUCAAAAUGCUGCAGGACAGAUAAAGCCAGGGGGUGUGGAUUUAUCUGGAACACUCUCUCUCCUACCUGUUCUCCUUCUCAGUCUUGGAAAGUCUGGGACGAUUUAGGAAUCGGCCUCUGACUACUCCCUUCCUGCCUCGCCUCUGUGGCGUGUUUGUGUUUGAUCGCUCCCAUUCUGCUUCCCGAGUAUCAGGGGAUGUCGGAACCCUGGGAGGAACUGCUGGGAAUAGCCUGGAGAAAGGCGGCGUUCCCGAAUAUAGAAUGGAGAAAGAGUGGGGAAAAAUCCUGCAUCUUUUUAGGGAUGCUCAUUAUACAAAAGACCACACUUUGGAAUACUCUUGAAACGUAGCCCUCAAACACUUUGAAAUACUGAUAGAAAUCAGUAUUGGAAUACUCAAUCCUUUUUCAAGCUCCCUCAGUGCGGGUGUUUGAAACCAGCUGAGCUGGUUGGCGCUCCUUUUCUAUCUUUGCUAGAGUUUCUUCAGAGAAUAUUUCUUCACUAGAGUCAAACCGUGGGUUAUGUUUAUGGGUGGAUCUGAUGUUGUAGAGACAUUUGAAAAACAUUAGGAAACGAGAACCUUUGCAGAAAUGUUUCGCUUAAUCCUAAACCAUAGCACUCGCUGCAAGCAAAUACACACACACACACACACA